GGCGGCGCUGCCGAGCCCACAACAGUCCGAGCCUGCCGUUCCGCCCGUCCGCCCUCCAGUGACACCGAGAGCAGCCAGCGCGCAGCGCAGCCCGUGGCCAGCGCACCUGGGGAGCAGCGCCCGAGCUUUCACCGCGCCAUGUUCCAGCCCGCCGAGCCUGGCCACGAGUGGGCCAUGGAGGGCCCUCGGGAUGCGCUCAAGAAGGAGCGGCUGCUGGACGACCGCCACGACAGCGGCCUGGACUCCAUGAAGGACGAGGAGUACGAGCAGAUGGUGAAGGAGCUGCGGGAGAUCCGCCUCGAGCCUCAGGAGGCGCCGCGCGGGGAGCCCGGAAAGUCCCUGGGCGCCUGCCAGGAACACUCAGCUCAUAAUAACCUCGCGGAAAACACCGCGGCCUCGGCCUCCAGAAACCCCGGCCUUGCGCAAUCCCCCGCGGGCCGCGCCUCCCUGGGCCCCACGCAGUGCACUCACCAGCCCCGGGGGGGUUUUCCCUCUUUUCCCCGCAGGUUCCUGCACUUGGCCAUCAUCCAUGAAGAGAAGGCACUGACCAUGGAAGUAGUCCGCCAAGUAAAGGGAGACCUGGCCUUCCUCAACUUCCAGAACAACCUGCAGCAGACUCCACUCCACUUGGCUGUAAUCACCAACCAGCCAGAAAUUGCUGAGGUACUUCUGGAAGCUGGCUGUGAUCCUGAGCUCCGAGACUUUCGAGGAAAUACCCCCCUACACCUUGCCUGUGAGCAGGGCUGCCUGGCCAGUGUGGGCGUCCUGACUCAGACCCGCCAGACCCAGCACCUCCACUCCAUUCUGCAGGCCACCAACUACAAUGGCCACACGUGUCUGCACUUAGCCUCUAUCCAUGGCUACCUGGGCAUCGUGGAGCUGUUGGUGUCCUUGGGUGCUGAUGUCAAUGCUCAGGAGCCCUGUAACGGCCGAACCGCCCUCCAUCUCGCAGUGGACCUGCAGAAUCCAGACCUGGUGUCGCUCUUGUUGAAGUGUGGAGCUGAUGUCAACAGAGUCACCUACCAGGGCUACUCCCCAUACCAGCUCACCUGGGGCCGCCCAAGCACCCGGAUACAGCAGCAGCUGGGCCAGCUGACGCUAGAGAACCUUCAGAUGCUGCCAGAGAGCGAGGAUGAGGAGAGCUAUGACACAGAGUCAGAGUUCACAGAGGACGAGCUGCCCUAUGAUGACUGUGUGCUUGGAGGCCAGCGCCUGACGUUAUGAGCUUUGGAAACUGUCUAAAAGAACAUGGACUUGUAUAUUUGUACAAAAAGAGAGGUUUAUUUUUCUAAAAAAAGAAAAAGAAAAAGAAAAAAAGAGGGGGUGCACUUAUAACCACACUUUACACUGCUGGCCUGAAACAUUUUACUGUGGUGGAUUAGCCUUCAUUUUGUUACUUUUGUGAACUUUGGAAGGGGGCCAAGAAGGAUCAUUGGAAUUCAGAGAAAACUUCUUUUAAAACAUCACCUUUGUGGGGUUUUUGGGGAAGGUUAUCCAAAAUUUGAUGAAAGGACUACAUUAAUUUAUUGUACAUCUUGGUUGAACGACCACGGAUUUAGUGGCUGAGCCCAGUUGUAUCCAGUGACACGUAAGGAUCAGGUGUGAUGUUAAACCCAUCAGUGGGGUGGGGUUAAAAGUCGCUACCUGUCCAGGUGUGCUCCCCUCCUGUAAAUAGUGUACAUGGUGUAUUUUGUUGUUAAUUAUUUUGGUACUUCCAAGAUGUAUAUUUAUUAAACAGAUUUUUACAAA